GCGGUGAGGGGGUUUGGUGAGUGCGCAGGGGCAUGGAGGGCCCAGGGGAGCCGUGUCCCAGCACCAUGUGCUGCGGGGAGAGCCACAGCGGGGAACACGAGGGUGGCGGUGCUCCAGGUGCCAGCACGGCCCUGUAAAUGUCGCUGCGGGGCAGCCAUGGCAGUGGGAGGCCGGAGCCUCCAUGUGGCACCUGCUUGUGGCCUCACACCUCUGCUCACCUCCACGGUGGUGCUGGGGCCCGUGGUGCCUGCUGGGGGCGGGAAAGCCAUCCCGGGUGCAGGCCACAUGCUGCCAAGCUGCGCGUGAGCCGAGCUGGGAAAGUCUCGGCCUUGUCCUGCAGCCUGCCCAGCUCUGAGCAGGUCACAUCUGACUGGUGGUGAGACACCUGCUGUGGGGCCGCAGUGCCAUGGGGGUGCAGCAGAGCAGGGCGGUGGGGUGGUGUAGGGGUGCCAGGGACUCUGGGGCUGCAUGGGAGCACGGGAUCAGGGUGGUAUGUGGGUGCCAGGGACCCCAGGGAUGACCAGGGUGUCAGGGUGCUGACCGUGCCUUUGACCGUUCCUUGCUUGUGCUUUUUGCAGUGGGUGCUGCUGUGGGGCAGCUCUCUCAUUGUUCCUGAGUCUCUCCCAUGUGGGAGAUUGUCUCCUCUGUGCCUCCCACCCUUCAUUUUUGUCACCCUCCAGGCUGCACCUGAAACACAGGGGCUGGGGAGUUUAUCAUCCCCAGACACCCUGUCGUCCUUCCCACUUGCCCUGAGCAUGCCAGCCCCCGUUAGCCAGCGGUGGCGGACAGGCUCGGCUCCUUAGCAGGACACCAGGGGCAGGGGCCAGGGAGCCCCAGGACUAUGGUGGGGUACAGCAUCUGGUGGAAGAGGGCUAAUGGUGUGUGCUGGGCCUGGUGGUGGUGUCAGAGCACACUCGGCUGAGGUGUGACAGUGGCAGGAAGUCACAUUAGCUGAGGGGACACACACAGGACAUGCUUCCACCCACUCGCCAGCUCUGCUGUCACAGUGGGGCAGCGAUGGCUGGCUGUGGAGGUGAGUCCCGUGGGGCACCCACCACCCCAAAGGACAGACUGGGACGGAUGAAGGCUGGUGGCAGUGCCAGGGAGAGGGAGGCUAUGCCAUGCUGGGGACAGGGAGGCUGUGCUGGGGACCGGGUGGCUGUGCUAUGCUGGGGCAGAAUAGCCCUCUGAGAUGCUCAUCAUCCUUUCCUCUCUGGCGGCACCAUCCCAGAGGACACAGUGAAGACGUGUCCCAUCUGCCCAGCACUGGUGGCAGUGACCCAGCUGCUGCGAUUCAAGGUAAAGCUUCUGGGGACCUGGCACUGCAGUCAGGAUGGGCUGGAGCCCAGGGCCACUGCUCAGCUCCCGUGUCUGGCAGGGGGGGGACACACAAUGGGAGCCCUCCUGCUCCUGGGACACAGGACCAGCAGCCACAUUAUACAGCUUGGGAAACUGAGGCAUGGGGCUACAGGGGGAUUCUGGGGUCACUCUGGGCUCACCCACCACCCCACCAGCAAUUUGGGGUCAGUGGCCACUCCAGCCACCUGCCCUGUCCCCAGCAGGGACCCCAGUUGCCUCCUCCCCAGGCCUGGAUCAGCCAGCAGAGGCUGCUGUUUUUCCUAAAAGACUUUAAUGAUUAAUUUCUUGCCUUUUUUUUUUAAAUUUUAUUAUUAAACCAGUCAAACAAGCUGGAAAGGCCUGAGCCAUGAGGGCCACAAGGGGCAGGAAGAGGGGACCCUGGGAGUGGGAAGCCCUGCUUGUGUCCAGCCUCUCUGGCUCUAGCUGCUGCGGAGUGGCAGGGGCAGGGCUGCCGCAGCAGGAUCUGUGCUGGAAGAGUCUGGGCUUUGCAAGGGGGUGGGGGGAUGCCCCUGCUCCUGCCCCCGGGCUGGCAUGCCCUGCAGAGAGGCACAGCAGGUGGGACCAGCUUCUUUGGUGCCCACCCAGUCCCUCUCACAAGUGAGCCAACCUGUGUCUCCCGCUCUGACCCACCUCUAAGCCUUCUCUGCAGGGCUGUGGGCAGCAGGGGAGGGAAACAGCUUCUCCCAGGUUGGUCUCCAAAGCUGUGUUUGCAGGAGAAAAAAGGGAACAAGGUGGAGGUGAAGGAGGAGCAGGGCAUGUAGGUGCAUGGAGGAGUGCUCCAGGGGAUCUCAGUUCAGCAGUGCCACCACACCAUCAGCUCCCUGUUAGGUCCAGGCUGGGGCAGGUGGUUGUUCCAGCCCUGGGAUGAGGAGAAGCCCAUAGCGCCAGCUGCACAGCCCUUGGGGAUGCUGGGACCGUCUGGGUGUCACAGGGCCCUGGGGCAGCAUGGAGCGGCAGAGGGAGAGAUGGAUGGGCUGCUCCAAGAGGCAGACGGGCCAGGGUGGAUUGCCGGCCCCCCGAAGGCAGGGCAGCAGUGGGACGUGGGGCUCUCAUCUGAGCCCUUUCCUGUCCAGACCGCCCCUGGAGAGGCCCGGGAGGAGAGCUCCACUGAGGAAGGCUGGGCUACCCGCUGGGUCCUGGCUGGAGACAGCCCUUCAAGCCUGAGCCCAGCGAGGGCUGAUCGCAGGGGAGGAAAAGGGGUUGAGCAUCAUCCCUGCACUCCUGCAGGCUCCAUGGACGCAGGGGGACAGAAGGUUUUAGGGCUAUGCCGUGCUCUAGGCAGCACGGCUCUGCGGCUAUUCGGGGCCAGGACCUACCCACCACUUAUUAGGGACUGGCCUCCCGCGGCCAUCCCUCGCACACUGCCAAGUCAGCACGUCCCCAGCACAAAGCGCCUGCGGUGUGGCAGGAGGAAACAGCCCACACAGACAGACACACACGAUGUUGGAGGGGAGGAGGGAACCUGCUGGGUGUUUCUGCUUGGGCUCUGUGCUCCUCCCCAGGGCUACACUUCUCACAGCCUCCCCGGCUCCCUCCCUCUCCAGCCGUCUGUCUGUCCAUCUGCACACCCGAGGGGGCCCAUCCAGCACCUGGUGGGAGCCAAAUCCACCUGGGUGGUGGCUUGGUCUGCAGCCUGGUGUCAGAGAGGGGACAGGAGAGGGAGAGGUUGCAUUGCAAAUACCCCACACUGACCUGCUCACACACCUCUGCAGCUGAUUUCCCCGCCCCUGCCGUGGGGGUUCCUGCACCCUCUGGCUGCCCCUCGGGCAGGGGGGAGAGUGCACCUGAGCAAGGUCCAGUGGUGGGCAAGUUUUCAGCUGAACAAGUGCUGUGUUGGUGUUGUCCUGCUCACAGCAACCUGCCGAGCACAGCGUGGAGGAGGCCAGAGGGGCUGACAUGGCCAGUGUCAUCCUGGAGAGCAUCUUCUUGAAGCGCUCACAGCAGAAGAAGAAAACAUCUCCCCUCAACUUCAAGAAGCGCCUGUUCCUGUUGACGGAGAGCAAGCUGUCCUACUACGAGUAUGACUUUGAGCGGGGGCGCCGGGGCAGUAAGAAGGGCUCAGUGGACAUCGAGAAGAUCACCUGUGUGGAGACAGUGGUGCCUGAAAACAACCCUCCCCCCGAGCGGCAGGUCCCGAGGAAAGGAGACGAUUACAACAACAUGGAGCAGAUCUCUAUCAUCGAACGGUUCCCCUACCCCUUCCAGGUGGUAUACGAUGAAGGGCCCCUCUACGUCUUCUCCCCGACGGAGGAGUUGCGCAAACGCUGGAUCCAUCAGCUGAAGAGCGUGAUCCGGUACAACAGUGACCUGGUACAGAAGUAUCACCCCUGCUUCUGGAUUGAUGGCCAGUACCUGUGCUGCUCCCAGACAGCCAAGAAUGCCAUGGGCUGCCAGAUCCUGGAGAGCAGGAAUGGCAGUUUAAAAGUUGGGCGGUCACAUCGCAAGACAAAGAAACCUCUUCCCCCCACUCCUGAAGAGGACCAGAUGGUGAUGAAGCCCCUGCCUCCUGAGCCGGCCACCAGCACCACAGGCGACAUGAAGAAGGUAGUGGCCCUCUACAACUACCUGCCAAUGAACGCGCAGGACCUGCAACUGCAGAAGGGUGAGGAGUACUUCAUCCUGGAGGAAACCCACCUGCCCUGGUGGAAAGCCCGUGACAAGAACGGGAAGGAAGGAUACAUCCCCAGCAACUAUGUCACUGAAACCAGCAAUUCCCUGGAGAUCUUUGAGUGGUACUCAAAGAAUAUAACUCGGAGCCAAGCAGAGCAACUGUUGAAACAGGAGGGUAAGGAAGGGGGCUUCAUUGUCCGAGACUCUACCAGCAAGACAGGGAAAUACACUGUCUCCGUCUAUGCCAAGUCCUCUGUAGACCCUCAAGGCACGAUCCGCCAUUAUGUUGUAUGCUGCACCCCCCAGAAUCAGUAUUACCUGGCAGAAAAGCACCUGUUCAACACCAUCCCGGAGCUCAUCACAUACCAUCAGCACAACUCUGCUGGGCUCAUAUCCAGACUGAAGUACCCCGUGUCUCAACACCAGAAAAGUGCUCCAUCCACAGCUGGCCUUGGCUAUGGGUCGUGGGAGAUUGACCCCAAGGAUCUGACCUUCCUGAAGGAACUGGGGACAGGGCAAUUUGGUGUGGUGAAGUACGGGAAAUGGAGAGGCCAGUACAACGUUGCUAUCAAGAUGAUCAGGGAGGGUUCCAUGUCAGAGGAUGAGUUUAUCAACGAAGCCAAAGUCAUGAUGAACCUGUCUCAUGAGAAGCUGGUGCAGCUCUAUGGGGUCUGCACCAAGCAGCGUCCCAUCUUCAUCAUCACUGAGUACAUGGCCAACGGCUGCCUCCUGAACUUCCUGCGGGAAACUCGGCGGCGGUUCCAGCCCGCUGAAUUGCUGGAGAUGUGCAAGGACGUCUGUGAAGCUAUGGAGUACCUGGAAUCCAAGCAGUUCCUGCACAGAGACCUGGCUGCUCGCAACUGUUUGGUGAAUGACCAAGGAAUUGUGAAAGUAUCAGAUUUUGGCCUUUCCAGGUAUGUUCUAGAUGACGAGUAUACAAGCUCCAUGGGGUCAAAGUUUCCAGUGCGGUGGUCACCCCCUGAAGUGCUUCUGUACAGCAAGUUCAGCAGCAAGUCUGAUGUCUGGGCUUUUGGCGUUCUGAUGUGGGAAGUUUACUCUCUGGGAAAGAUGCCUUACGAGAGGUUUAACAACAGCGAGACAACAGAGCACGUCAUCCAAGGCCUGCGGCUCUACCGGCCACAGCAGGCCUCCGAGCGGGUCUACGCCAUCAUGUACAGCUGCUGGCACGAGAAGGCGGAGGAGCGCCCCACCUUCACGGCGCUGCUGGGCAGCAUCCGGGACAUGACCGACGAGGAGCCCUGACUGCGGGAUGGGCCGGCCCGGCCUGCUGACCCCCCCGCCUGGUGCUGGGGGCUGGGACUGCUGAGCCGCUGCCGCCUCACCGCCCGCCGGGACGGACCCGCGCACCGGACGGUACCUCGGCACCGCUGUCACGGACACGGCACCAGCCACCCUCGGGCGAGCAGGCGC